UCUAGUGACUUCCGCUACUCUUCACCAGUCUGUCACGCCAGCCUGAAACGCGUUUCGCAUCGCCAGUCGUGCCGGAACUACAGGCGAGCGUCAUCGAGCAAGCCAUAGCGUCGCAUACUAGCGUUGCAUAGCGUCGCACAGCAGCUUUUAAACUCUUCACCUAGGCAUCGCUUCGCGAGAGACCCUGGAUCUCCCUGCGUCGCUUGCCAUUAGCACGAGUACCCUCUCUCUGUCAACCGAGCAAAACCUACCGCUAGACCACUCUACUCUUCUCCGCCUCGCCCUCUUAGUGUUUCUCCUUCAACGCGAACGAGGAAGAUCCUCGUUUAGUAGCGAACUCGCGCGAGUCGAGGGAGGAAGUUCGUGUCGUGUCUUUGAAGAAGCUUCUGGGUUCCUUCACCCGGAAAAGAGGCUGACGAGAGGCCGACGAGAGGCGGGCGAGUCAGUCGAGUCAGUCGCUGACAUGCAACGAGAGGCCGACGAAGAAUAUCCUCAUUGAGCGAACUCGCGCGAAUCAAGGGUGGACGUUCAUCGUGUCUUUGAGAAAAGAGGCGGACGAGAGGCGGACGAGAGGCGGACGAGAGGCGGACGAGAGGCGGACGAGAGGCGGACGAGAGGCCGACGAGGGAGGCCGUCGAGUCUGUCGCUGUCAUGCAACGGACCGCUGCUAGUACGGUCGCGGAGUGGGACGUCUCUUAACAUUCAGAGCUCAACGGCUCGAAGAUUGCAAUGGAACCCCGAGCUGCAGGAGCGAUCUCUCCCCCUAAGCUCAGUCGCGCGCGACUUCCUGGAACCUUCGUCCCCCCUGCCUCCCCGAAUAUCCCCCCCGAUCCAGCUAUUCCCGCAGCAGCACCACGAUCGCCACGAUCACCACCCGCAGCCGCGGCCGCAGCAGCACCAGCAGCAGCAGCACCACCAGCAGCUUUCUCUUCCGCCAUAGGAACCAUCCCUCCCAUGCCGACGUCACCAUCAUCAUCUCCGUCGUCAUCGUCGCAAGCAGCCCACGUGUCGCCGCUCGCGUGGCACGUGGAGGAGUCCGCUGACGUGGGCUACACGGAGCACUUUAGUCUCAUGCGCAGUAAGCGCCGCGACGAAUCGCGUCACUCGCCGCUAGCGAGCAUUUCCAGCAGCAGGGGAAGCAGCCGGUCGAAUAGCCGCGCCGGUAGCCGCGCCGGCAGCCGCGCCGGCAGCGGCGAGGCGAGCCUAGGACGGAUAGGCGAGCGCGGAUCGGCGGGAUCUCUAGUAGCGGAGGAAGAGGUAUCGAGUGCGCGACAGGAUUGCCCAGUAUCAAGUAGCCGCUCGGCGGAUUACCCCGUGUCGCACGCGAUCUUUGGGCGCGAGGGGGGGUUGUCCGCGGACGGGAGGGCGGGCGCGGGCGCGGGCGCGGGCGGCGAGCUCGCGCGGCAGCUGUCCCCGCGACAGGCGGGGCGGCAUCACGCGGCGCAACUAGUGGCGCAACUCGCGGCGCCGCAGUCCCCCACGUCCCCGAACCAGAACCAGAAUCAGAACCCGAACCAGAACCCGAACCAGAACCCGAACCAGAACUAUCAGGGGGUAGUAGCGGGCAAAGGGGGAGUAGGGGGAUCAGGAGGGGUAGCGGGCUCGGGGGGAAGUCCGCCCAUGCCCCCGGCCACGUCUCCCAGGUCCCCCCCCAGUCUGUCCUCAAAGCCGAGGGGGUACCAGGUAGCGCCCGCGUAUGCGGCGGCCGCAGCAGACUUGCUCGCGGAAGGGGGGGGUGCAGCAGAGGCGGCGGCGGCGGCGGCGGCGGCGGCGGGGGGGGGAGGUAGGAGGAACCAGCCCACGUUUUCUUUCCUGUCGGACGGAGACGAGUCGACUGGCGGGCAGGAGGGCCACUCCUUCAGCUUCUCCCGGGCGUUCGCUGCUCACGGCCCCUCGGCAGCAGCCGCUCGCGCCGAAGCACCCUCCUCCUCCCCCUCCCACCUCCCCACAUCCCCUAUCCUCCACUCCCAACCCUCCCCCUCGUGUCUCAUUGCUGCUGUCGACUCGUCCUCCCCCCCUCACUCCCCCCGCGCCUCCUCCCACCCCCUAGGCUCCCCCUCUACCGCCUCUGCCUAUUCGUUCUCUCGGUGGAGCGGGGAGGACACUGUAGGGGUUGCUGAGGGGAGCGGGCUUAGGGUUACCAGCAGCGGGGGUGGGAGAUUAUCAGAGGAUCGUGCUGCUACUGUUCCUGAGGACGGGCCGUUUCAUUCCGACCCUAUCCCUCCCUUCGCCCCUUCCUCCUCGUCCGCUUUAUUGAGUUCCCCCAAGCGGUCGGCCCCUCGCCCUCCCUCGUUUAACGAGGUUAUGAAGGCGUCUUCCGGGGAGGGGUUUUCCCACGACUUCAGUGAUUUUAAGCAGAAGCAGGAGCAGCAGAAACAGCAGCAGUGGCAGCAGCAGGAGGAGAAGCAGCAGCAGGAGCGGCGGCGGCAGCAGCAGGAGCAGCAGCAGCGGGGGAGGGGACAGGGGCAUGCAGGGGCAGGUGUAUCUGGGGGAGAUAAUCUGGCAAUAAUGCCUGUUUCCAGGGCUCCCCAUGGUCCUGUUGGGGAAAUGCUGGCCCGAGCUGUUGCUGUGGCACAAGGAGCGGCUGGUGUUGCUCCUCCUACCGCUGCAGGCUCUGCUGCUGUGUCCUCCUCUGCCCCCCCACCUCCCGCCUUCCACAUCACUCAAGUGGCCCAUGCGUCGCCACUCAACACUGGCCCGCACCAUCAGAUGCUACCUGCCAAGCCAGUGCCGCCCAUGAAUGCACAUGGAGGGGCGGCAGGCGGCGAUGCUACUGAUGAUGUGGAUGAAAUAAUCAAGCAGGUGAAUAAAGGGUCGAUGCAACGGCCACCACCACCCCAACAGCAGAGGCGACAAGGCCUUUUUUUCUGCUGCUAGUGGUAGUUUCCAAAUGCCAUGCCACUCCCUUGUGAGACUGACUGCAACCGACGGACGUCUCUGCUUGCACUGCACUAGAUAGUUCACGUGCUUGCAGCCAGCAUUACAAAUAUGUAGCUCCAUCUGCACCUUGAUUUAGUCACACCAGGACGACAUUUGUUUUAUGGUCUUGCAGCAUGAUGACUCCUGUUAUUGCCAGAAAACCAUGCCCGCUUCAGGUUGCCCCCACGAGAAUUUCUACCUUAUUUGCCUCCCCACC